AAUCACUCAGUUUGUACAUAUCCGACAUAAAAGACGGCGAUUUCGGUGAUGCUAAAGGAGCUGAUGUUUUUACAUGUGCUGAGUUCGACGAAUCUGGUGAUUAUUUGGCAGCUGGUGAUAAAUCUGGCCGCAUAUAUGUUUUUAAUGCCAAUGGGCAGGCAAGAUUUUUCUUGAUAUCGUGA